UUGGCGUUGGUUUUAGUGAGUGUUGGCUGAAGGGGUGCUAAUGAUCGCCAUUGCCUAGGUCCAUCGUUGAGCUGAGGAUUGAUUGGGGGCGUGUUUCUCCUGGUCCCGAGUGUCUCUCUUGCACGUCCUCUGAUUUCGUAGUCGCUUUUGAUGUUGAGACAAGUCUUGGAUUGUAUGAUGGGCAACUGUCUGAAAGCCUCAGGGGCGGAUGAUGUGUCCCUCUUGCGCGAGGGGGCCCAGCCCAAUCCCACCUCGGACCCGCACCCAUCAGGCACGCGCGCCCAUGACUCCCUACCUCAAGCCGAUUCCGAGAUCGAGCAUCAGAGCUCCGGUGGUGGGGGCGGUGGGGGCGUUGGUGGAGGAGGGGCGCAUAUCUAUUAUCCGUCUCCGAACGUGUCCCGCCCCGCCAAUCAAUUGACCGAGGAGGAACAAGUCAAGAUUGCCCAACGCCUGGGUCUCAUUCAGCAUUUGCCCGUGGGCGAGUAUGAUGGGAGCAAAAAGAACCGAGAAUGUGUGAUAUGUAUGAUUGAAUUUGUGAUUGGUGAUCGCAUUCGCUACUUGCCUUGUCUCCACAUUUACCACACGGAUUGCAUCGAUGAUUGGCUCAUGCGGUCUUUUACUUGCCCUUCGUGCAUGGAGCCCGUUGAUGCGGCGCUUCUGGUCACUUACGAGACUCAUUGAUGACGAGGCUGCUACCGACUGAUCACGAUCACUGCUUGAGGAGGGAACGCUGAGGGCCGCAAAAGAGCAUUAGUAUGAUAAUUCCAUCGUCAUCGGCGGCUUCUUCUCCUACUUCUUCUUUUUGCUUCAUACAAUUUGAGUAGGUUACACGCUUUCCCUGUUAAAAUCCGAGGGUGGGAGUGGGAGUUAGGUAAGGAAAGGCUCCAUUUUUGUCAUCUCUCGCCUCACCCCCUCGUGUACUAGAACCAACAAACCACACCCCAAAAUGACCCGAUUGGAGGAAGUCAAGUUCUUUGUUUAAAAAAGAAGAAGCUUGCACCGCCUUAAUUUCGUUCCAUCUGAUUCAUUCUUGUUCCUCCCUUGUUGAUACAUUCGAAACAAUUGGCAUUCAUUGUCUCUUCAUUGUCAUACCUUUCCACGUCUAAUAUUGUUAUACAUUUCAUUCUAAACUCAAAUCCCUGUUACGUCUUUAUUUGCUUGAACGGGCCAGAGGCGAUUGUAUCUGGUUAUUACCCCAACCCUUUCGGUUGAUUUCUCUGUUUAUUACUACUUUAUUCCAAAAAAGAACGUGGCUCACGUAUCUUGUAAAAUGAAAAAAAAACAAGAA